AUGGCUACAAAUACAACUUCAAAACUUUUCAUACGUUUAUCAAAUCCAACACAAGAGCAAUUGAAUAAAGUCGAUUUUGAUUAUCCGUUACAGUGUGUAUUUCGAAGGCUUCGAUUUGAUUCGACUGGACAUCACUUGAUAUUUGUUGAUGACCGUAAAAUAAACUUGCAGCAAAACAGCCUCAUAGGUGGUCUGAAUAUACAUUUGACAGAGUUGUCACACAACAUAAUGCGAUAUCGCCUUGAAGUACAACUCACUGAUGGCCAACAACAAAAGUUCAAGUCGAUUAAGCCCAUUACUCUUGGUUGUAAAGGAUUACUGGACAAUUAA